UGCCGACAGAAAGUUGGACCACCUAUGUAUAUCCAAACUUUCUGUCGGCACUGUAUAUAAUUAUAAUAAUAUUUCAUAGGGACAAAACGAUUUUAUAUAUGGUAAAAUUAACAUUGCGUCUAUCUUGUGCUAUGAAUUUUGCCGUGUAUCCCCAUGAUACACAAGAGUGUAAACUUCAGAUGGAAAGUUUGAGUCACACCACUGAUGAUAUGAUUUUUCAAUGGGACCCAAGCGUUCCUCUAGUUGUAGACGACAACAUUGAGUUACCCCAAUUAGCGUUAGUUAAAAAUCAUACGGCUGAUUGUACUCAGGUCUAUUCAACGGGAAAUUUUACAUGUCUUGAAGUGGUGUUUGUACUAAAGAGAAGACUGGGUUACUAUUUGUUUCAUACCUAUAUUCCGACUUGUCUGAUCGUUAUUAUGUCUUGGGUAUCGUUCUGGAUCAAACCUGAAGCAGCACCAGCAAGAGUUACCUUGGGCGUAACGUCAUUGCUAACAUUGUCUACACAACAUGCAAAGUCACAAGCGUCAUUACCACCAGUAUCAUAUCUGAAAGCCGUAGACGCAUUCAUGUCUGUUUGCACGAUUUUUGUGUUCAUGGCAUUAAUGGAGUAUUGCAUAGUGAAUAUUGUCCUAGGGGACAUUCAAAUUCCUAAGGUUAACAAAAAUAAACAACCACCACCGCCUGCUGGUAAUCCCACCAUUCCAUCCAGAGAUUUUACAUAUACCCACACUAAGAGUUUUCACAGAGAUCGCACUGAAAGUGUUGAUUCCAAUAAUCCGUGGAUUCAUCGUCAAUCAAUUCGUGCAACUGGAGGUUCUUUAACUUCGGCCAUUCCACACCGUGGUAGUUCGAUCCCAGCUGAAGACGAAAUUCCGAUAUUAACACCACAACAACAACGUUUACGUCGAGCCAUGCUCAUUGAUAAAUUUUCACGUGGAUUCUUCCCUUUCUUAUUCACACUUCUAAACGUUAUCUACUGGAUUUUAUUCUAUGAAUAUUUGUAGAUUUAUGCUUUCAAUUAAUUGAAAUUAAAUUAGAGAUAUUAUCGUCUGCAUCAUAUAAAUAAAA